AUGUCAAAGCAAAUUAUUGUCCGAGCGAUUCUGCAGCAUUGCCUGUGCCAAACCCCUUGGUUGGUGGACGAACCGCAACCAGGUGGUCUGACUGCAUUACACCUGGCCUCGUUACACGGGCAUUUGGAAGUGACAGAUUUACUACUACAAGCUGGCGCUGACCCUAACCUGACAAUUCAAAGACCGGCUGGUCUAACCGGCCCCCCGUUACGUGUUGUUACGGACCAGAGUGGUGGUGCUUCUGCAGUUGUUGGAACUUGUGGCAGCGGCGGUGGUGGUGGCGGUGGGACUUCCGGUACCGUCACCGGUACCAAUUCGGUCUUAAACCAGUCGAAUUUUACUGCUCUCCACUUGGCCGUUCAGGGGGCACAUCCGGAUGUGGUCUGUUUGUUGUUGUGCUAUGGAGCUCGGGCGACAUUGAGGAACGGUGAAGGCAGAAGCCCUAUGCAGCUGGUCCUUACCACCCUGGCACAAACUCAUGACAUGCAGCAGCAAUCUGGACAAUCAUCCCGGCGUUUUGAUGUUGCUCUAGUACCGUUCUUGGCCUCUGUGGCUCGUCUCCUUGUACGCAUGGCUGAUUCUCUGACGGUGACUUCAAGUUCACCUGGGCCGGUUUCCGGUCAGCCGCGAAUUCGACCGAAUAGGGAAGAAUUCGAAGAGCAGCUCAUCUCGAUCGAAGAUCCUCCUGAGGAAGAAGAUACCAUACCAGAACCGUUGAACGAACCUGUAUGUUUAACUGUUCCAAGCCCACUUUGUCGACGACUCAAAUCCACCAUUCAGGCAACACUUGAGACAGGUGUUCCCCGUCUGGUUCUGAUCGCUGCUUGUCUGGCCUCUGCCAUUGGAGCCGAGUCUUGGUCUGCUAGCUGUGCAACCGAAGAAGACGAGGCCGAAACACGUAAUGCGGAGUCCCUAACUGAGUCGUUUGUCGCCGAUAUUUUCGGUGAGUACUUGGAUCCGGUACUGCAGUUAGCAUUGCAACAGUGUCAUAUGGAGGCGAUGAACUCGAUGUCUCAGGUUCGUGAAUCACGCAGCCCAAGGCAUCACGCAGCAACAUCCGGAGCUCAGCCGGGAACGGAACUCUUGGUUGAUAUGGAUGAGAUUGAGGAGGAGAAUUUAGUUGAUGCACUGCUUCAAGCGGAUGCACAAUCUCAACCAGCCAUAAGUCUUUUGCCCGGGACCGUUUCUCUUACCGAUAACAAUGUUCGUGCAGGUGGCGGCAACAACGCUGAUGCCGGUGUGGUCGUUGCCACUGGCGCUGACAACGGACCGGUUGUGGAAGUGACAGAACCGUCAAACGAUUUUAUCUUUGCCGCCACACCUGAGGAACAAACCACGAACACAUUGCAUCAACCGUUGACUAUUGCAAACCAGUUGGUACCCCAACUGAAUAACUUACGUAUUCAGGAUCCACCUUCACACCCGGAACCGCACUUGUUACCACCUACACUGGAGGAAUUCGAUUUGGAAUGGCGAGAGUGUUUGGUCUGUUCUGAGGCGAAUCGGGCAACCAUUAUUGUACCAUGUGGUCAUAUCAUUACAUGCAAACAAUGCACUUCCCUGAUCAAAAAGUGUCUGCUCUGUCGGAUGCGGAUUUCCGGAUUUCACGAAGUGAGUGCAUUCCGGUCUGCAUAA